AUGACUUCAUAUUCUCAUCUGCUCGGAUCAUCAACCAAAAUUCCAAUGCUGAUUCUAGAAUACUACGAUCAAUGGGCUGAUCGUAUGGAAGACUACUUGAAUGGUCUGGAUGAAGAGUUGUGGGAUUGCAUCAAUGGAAUAGUUCAACCUCCAGUGAAUCUUCAAAACAUAGGUUCAUUUGCAACUACUUCUGCUGUUGGAGAUCAACAAACAAGGCUGAACAACAACAAAAAGCGUUGCAUGAGAGAAUUGAGAGGAGUUAUGCCACCUCUUGUUUACAACUACAUUCUUGGUUGUAAAACUUCUAAGGAGAUCUGGAAUAUUCUCAAGGAAAAGUAUCAAGGAAGCGAGAAGACUAAGAUCAAUUCUGUUAAGCAGUGUUUGGUUGAGUUGAAGGAGUUCAGACAAAAGGAAACUGAAACAAUUGAAGUUUACUAUGACCGCCUGAAUGAGUUGAUCUACAGAUGCAAUCGCUAUGGAAUCACAAGGUCCUUAAUGGAGUAUAAUCUUACUUUUGUUAUGGGACUUAGGAAGGAAUGGAGGAGUGUUAGUAUGAUGAUCAAAAAUCAACAGAGCUUCGACAAUUCAUCUUUGAAUGAUGUAUACAAUCAGUUGAAGACACAUGAAAGUGAAGAGUUUGAGAUAAUGGAAGAAGCGAAACAAAAUGAUGAAGCUGUAGCUUUUUACUUGAAUAAUCGAGUUAAGAAGUUUUUGAAAAGGCCUUUUAAUACAAAGGGAAAGAAGAGUGAGAUGAAAGGAAAUUUUACGAAGUCUGGUGUAGCAGAGAAAAAGAAAUUUGAAAAGCCUGAGAAGAAUGAUGACAAGGUGAAAGAGUUUAAGUCAGAAAAGAAAUUGAAAGGGGAUUCUGGUGUAGAUUGUCAUUAUCGCAAUGGUGUGAAUCACUUUGCAAUUGAUUGUAUGCUUCAAAAGAAAGAGGAAAAGAAGAAUAGAGUGAAGGACGAAGCAUAUUAUGCUGAAAAAGUGGAGGAAGUUUGUGAGAAGGCCAAGGGAUUGUCCCUAGAAGAGAGUAUGAAGAUGAAGAAAGUGACACUUAUCAGAUUUGGCCAUUCGGGUUUGAUGAUGAGGAAAUGA